AUGGGGAAAUCCGGGGGUAGGAAGAAGAAGGGAGGUUCGAAUCAAGUUUCUAAUGAUAGCAAUUCGAAUUCAGUUCCUAAUGGUACUGUUGAUUUGGACUCUUCAAUCUUUCUGAAACGAGCCCAUGAGCUUAAAGAGGAAGGGAACAAGAGGUUUCAGAGUAAGGACUAUGUGGGUGCUCUUGAGCAGUAUGAUAAUGCUCUUAAGCUCACUCCCAAGAACCACCUCGAUAGGGCUAUUUUUCAUAGCAACCGGGCGGCUUGCUUGAUGCAAAUGAAGCCUAUUGAUUACGAAACUGUGAUUGCCGAGUGCUCCAUGGCGAUUCAGGUUCAGCCCCGGUUUGUCCGGGCUCUUCUGAGGAGGGCCCGGGCUUAUGAGGCUAUAGGGAAGCAUGAAAUGGCGAUGCAGGAUGUUCAGGUGUUGUUGGCGGCUGACCCGAAUCACCGGGAUGCUCUGGAGAUUGCUCAGCGGGUCAGGACGGCUCUCGGGCCUCGUCAGGAGGCUCAGCAGGACCUCCAGAGCCGCCCGUCCCCUGCUGCUCUCGGUGCUUCUGCAGUUCGUGGCGCUCCGAUUGGGGGUUUGGGGCCGUGUUUGCCUGCUCGGCCUGUACCAAAGAAGGGUGCUGCUUCUGCUGGGGGUUCUGUUUUACCUUCAGUCAAUAAGUCAGAGAAGCAACAGACGGUUUCGCCUGCUGAGAAUGGACCAGAGGCUAAAACCCAGUUCCCGAAGCUUGUAUUGAAGCCUUCCAAUGGUACUUCGAGAUCUUCUAACCCAAGUAAGGAUAACCAGAAGGAGCUAUCAUCUUUGUCGUCAGCUACAUUGCCUGUUCAUGGGCAGCGUGCAGAGGCUGCAAUUCGGUGGAGACCAUUGAAGCUUGUGUAUGAUCAUGACAUAAGGCUUUCCCAAAUGCCUGUGAACUGCAAUUUCAGAGUAUUGAGAGAAACUGUAACAAAACGCUUUCCGUCAUCAAAGUCAGUUUUGAUCAAGUAUAAGGAUAGUGAUGGUGAUUUGGUGACUAUAACCUCUACCCCUGAACUCAGGUUGGCUGAAUUGUCUGCAGACAGGGUUAUUACAGAAGAUCCGGAAGAUAAGGAAGAAACAAUUGGGAUGUUAAGAUUGCAUAUUGUGGAGGUAAGCCCUGAGCAGGAGCCACCUUUGUUGGAAGAAGAGGAGGAGAAACCUGUUGAAAGUGAAGGUAUCAAAGAAGAUGAGAGUGGUUCUCAUUCAUCACUUGGCGAAUCUGUCUUGGAAGCUGCUGAUGAUGAAAUUGAUAAGACAGAGAAAGAAGCUCCGAAAGAGAAACCAGGAGCUGGAGAAGAUCCUGAGUGCAAGGAACUAGAGAUGGAUGAUUGGUUGUUUGAGUUUUCUCAGCUAUUCCGCAGCCAUGUUGGUAUUGAUCCAGAUGCUCAUAUUGACUUGCAUGAGCUGGGAAUGGAGCUUUGCUCGGAAGCUCUUGAGGAGGCGGUAACUAGUGAAGAAGCUCAGAGUCUAUUUGACAAGGCUGCCUCAAAGUUUCAGGAGGUGGCUGCAUUGGCUUUCUUUAAUUGGGGAAAUGUUUAUAUGUGUGCGGCAAGGAAGCGAAUUCCCUUAGAUGAGACUGCUGGAAAGGAUGUAGUGGCAACACAGCUUCAAACUGCUUAUGACUGGGUCAAGGAUAAGUAUUCGUUGGCCAGAGAGAAGUAUGAGGAGGCACUCUCGAUCAAGCCUGAUUUUUAUGAAGGUUUGCUAGCAUUGGGGCAGCAGCAGUUUGAAAUGGCGAAACUUCAUUGGUCAUUUGCACUUGCUAAGAAAAUAGAUCUCUCAACAUGUGAUUCUACAGAAAUGCUGAAGCUAUUUGACAGCGCAGAGGAGAAGAUGAAAGUAGCAACUGAUAUGUGGGAGAAGCUGGAGGAGCAGAGAGCAAAAGAGCUAAAGGAUCCAACUCCAAACAAGAAGGAAGAAAUGCUGAAAAGAAGGAAAAAACAAGGAAGCGGAAAUGAAGGUGAGUCAUCAGGAGCAACUGAGUUGACUGCAGAUGAAGCAGCAGAACAGGCAGCUGUUAUGAGAUCACAGAUCCAUCUCUUCUGGGGUAACAUGCUUUUUGAGCGAUCCCAGGUUGAAUGCAAGUUAGGGUUGGAUGGUUGGGAGAAAAACUUGGAUGCUGCUGUGGAGCGCUUUAAGCUUGCUGGAGCUUCUGAGGCUGACAUUGCAAUGGUUCUGAAGAAUCAUUGCUCAAAGGUCGAUGUUGUAGAGGAAAAUGAAAAAACUGUUCAGAAUCUAGAAGGUACCGUGUCUGGUGAAGCAACAGAGAACAGUGAGACUGUUGCAGAGAAGUGAGAUAUUAUUUAUUGAAUGGUGGCUUCUGGGUUAAAUCUUCAUAAGGUGCUCAUUGACCAUGAGAAUAAACUGGUGGAGACAGGAAGGUGCUUGUUUUUCUUCACCAAAUGGUGGAACUCUGGAAUUCCUUUUACUCGGUUUUGAAGAUUGAAGGUGCAGCUGAUCUUGUGUGUACUCGAAAGAUUUUGGGCAACGUUCUUAUGGUAAAGAUGACAUUUUCUAAACAGUUUUUGCAGUGCUGAUGAGUUAAAAGUGUCAAAUUUAUGUGCGUAGGGUCUGAUUUUAGCUUUCCUGCUCCUAUUUAGUGCAGUGCCGUUUGUAAUUGCAAUCUUUAUCUUUGAUAAAGGUGACAUUUUCUAAAAUCAAUUUUCUCAAUACUGAUAAGUGUUCAAGUCUCAACUUUGCCUGAG